CCAACUUCCAUGAAACACGUCGGACAGAUGUCGCUUUAUUUUUUGUUGCAAAUUUUCCUUUUAUUCGAUUCGUAAACAAUGACUGCAACAAGCGAAACUGAUGAAAAAAUAACUUUAACGCUUUUAAAUGGCACUGGAUAUGUUUUUCGCGUGGACGAUUCAUAUUUAUCCUUAACAGACUACAUCACAUUGCGACGGAAACAUCGCAUUGUGGGCGCGCUGGUGGGCACGUGCAGCAUCCGAGGCUGGUCGGCGAAUGAUUGCACUUUACCACUGGAGCUAACGCCGCAUGAGACACGCUUUCUGGUGGAGCGAGGCAUUGCUCAACUAGUUUCCAAGCAAGAAUCUUUACUGCGAGUACCAGAAGCUAGCGAGCUUGUUCAGUAUCAUGAGCAGUUGGAGGCAGGCUUCACUGCACAGGCGGAGACAUUAAAAGCUCAAAAGUUGCGAGAGACGGAACGCAACAUAAGCAAUAUACUGGCUGGGAAGCGAAAAAAGCUGUUAAGAGAAGGAGUAGCGGAAGCUGAUAUUAAACUAGAUGCUGCGCAGAUACUGCAAGAAAUAGCCGAUAAUUUCGUUUUUGAUCGCAAAAAUGCGCAACUGGAAAUUGCUUGCGCGCAUCCACAGCCACUUGUAAAUAAAACCGUGGAGCCGCCUUCUAUUGAGAAUCCCCUCAAAUAUCAAGUAUUUAGCGAGUUUUGGACACGUGGAUAUUAUGUCACUGCAGGCGAUUCAUUUGGCGCUGAUUUCUUGCUUUAUCCUGGCGAUCCACUACAGUACCACGCAUCACACAUUGUAGUACUACUCAAAACGCCUGUGGUGGAGCCUUUGCACUUGAUUACCAAAGUGCGCUUAUCUGUGAUAGUAAAUAAGAUUUGCAUUUUUGCUUACUUUGUUAGUGAGGAAGAAGGAGACGAUGCUAUGGAUGGUGCUGGCUCAGAUCGUAAGGUUCAUUAUCAAACUGUGCGGUGGGAAGGUAAUAGAGACAAACUAGCUGCAGCCGCAGGUUCGAGUGGAGAAAGCUGAUGCAAAAUAAUAAAAAGUAGCAAAUCAUAUAACUUACGAAAAUGGCUAAAGCUGAGAGAUUCAGUUUUAAAUAAAUUCUAAUGACUUUGUCCUUUGUAUGUAUGCAAUUACAUAAACAAAAUUCUGUUAAUAUAACUAAACUGAAGAACAGGUAUUGCCAUGCCCUGCAUUUGUAUAAAUAUAUGCCCAUAAGAAAUUUCAUUAA